AUGUGGACUCAAUUAACAGAAGGCCAUAGUAAGUUAUACGGGGAAUCAGAACCAGAAAAACUAAAUGUAAGUCAGUAUGUUAAGGAGAAAGUGUAUGAUUUAGCGGAAGAAAUCUAUAUUCAGUACAAAAUUGAACUUGAAACAAAUAUAGAAUCAUUUAUAGCCAAGGAGGAAAAGGAGAAACAAAUUCCUAAAGCUACUGGGCAGAAUUCAAAACCGUUCCAGAUAAAAUUGCCUAAAAUAGUGAUUCCUGUAUUUGAUGGUAAAUACAAAGAGUGGCGACAGGUGUGA